CCUCCUUCUCUCCAUUUCCUAUAUCUUACCAGUUACCACUGUUCACUAAAACCGUUUGCAACAGAACUUCGUCCUCAGCUAAAUCAGCAGGUGCUAGAUCUUUGCAGAUAUUCAGAACCUUCAUUUGCUUUGAAAUCCCUUGCCUCAGUUUUUCUUUGUGCUUUAGCAAUGUUUUUCUCUCCUCCCCAUGAUAUCUAGCUUACCCCAUCAACUGUGUAACCAACAUAUUGGCUGAAUGAUUUUCCAUGUUUUUUGCUCUUGUUUUGCAGUUCGCAUUGAUCUUCGGUCCAACAGUCAUUUUGCCCCCAAAGGAGUCGACAUAUAUUUUCUACUCGUUGAGGGGUUUAAGAAUUUCUCCAAGACUGCAAGAGAACUUGUGCACCGGAUGCAGAAGAUUGAUAGCGACUAUUAUCCCGAGACACUCCACCAAAUGUUUGUUGUGAACGCUGGCAGUGGAUUUAAGUGGAUCUGGAACAGCGUGAAGGGCUUCCUUGACCCAAAAACUUCAUCCAAGAUUCAUGUGCUUGGUUCGAACUACCAGAGCAUGCUUCUUGAAGUAAUAGAUUCGAGUGAGCUGCCAGAAUUCCUUGGCGGUUCAUGCACAUGUAGUGACAAGGGUGGUCCACUAGGAAGUUGCUGAUGCGGUGGACGGUGCUGUCAUCAGAUCUGUUGGUGUUCUUCCCAGCUGCUUUGUGGUUUGUGUGGGCGUACAUCAAACUUGGAGUCGGUAUUAGUGGAGAGGAGAGACGGGAGGGGUGGAUGUGGCUGCUAGCCAUGGUCCUGAGCAGUCCUUGCUUGGUAUUGAUCGAUCAUGGCCAUUUUCAGUGUAAUUGCAUUAGCCUUGGACUUACGCUUGGAGCAAUUGCUGGUGUUCUGUCGAGGAAUGAGCUCGUCGCUGCAGCUCUCUGCACUCUUGCAAUCAAUCACAAACAGUUCAUAUGGGCGCAACAGCGGUUGGUGCAGUGGCGCCCGUGUGAGUGGUGGCUGUCGGGGCCACCAGUGCAAGCUCCGUCCAGGAGGAACGGGUACAUCCGAAUAAACUACUACGACGUUUAGAUAUGAUUAUUGAUUAGCAUAAUUAAAAAUAGCAUGUUAAAUGCAUCAUCAGGGUCAAAGGAAAAUACAAAUUACGACCUGCAAUAUUAGAAACCAACAUCAUCUUUUGUGUUGUGAGUUUAAAUUCCUGUUUUGAUGGUUUUCAUUUUCUGAACACUAAAUCCAAGUCGGCGCUUUCUGUUCUUAUCAAGGUAACACAUGGAAUUCCUCUGUACCAGCUGCAUUUGUAAAUCAAAGCUAGGACAAAAGCGAAAAAGCUGGCUGGGCACUAACCAAACAAGCUUUUUUUAUUUUAGGCAUCACCAUUGGAUUUGUGUCGUUCUGAUUGUAGAAAUAACAAGGCUUUAGGAUUGGAAUAUUUACCCUGUAUUAUCAUUUAUGAAACAUAGUCUUAUGAUUGUUGCUAUUUUUGGUUCAUCGAACACACUUUACCACACCUGACCUGAGUUGGUCAAGUCUGGCUUUCCA